UCCCUUCAAUCACUUUUAAUAAAAAUGCAGACAAUUGUAAUGCACACCUCACACUCCAAAACCAAAAGCCUAGAUAAGUAGAUAGGUUACAUAUAGAGUCAUCACGAAAAUCAUAUCAAUCAUCAUAAUAACAUAUUCUCCAGCAAAUGUUUAUUACUCUCUCCUGUGUCCAGUCACAUAUAUAUGUUUAUACAUCUUUCAUUUUGGGAGGGUCAGGGUCACUUUCUUUCACGAGGAGAAAAAGUUGCACUACAUUAUCACAGACCUCCCAUGUAUGCCUUACCUCUCAAACAACCAACUAGGCUUUCAAAACCAGACGUCUACCAUCUCAUCUCUUCCACCCACGACUAACAACCCCACCUCCACCGCCGCAGCUACCUCCCAAAUCGACAUCCCAUUCCCAUUCCCAUUCCCAUUCACCACUCUUCAUCAUGCAUGCUCAUCAAAACCUGCCAUUAUUGCUCCAAUCUUCUUCAACAUCUCUGCUCUUUGAUGAGCUUCGUAACUUCCAAUACAGCCUCAAAUGGUGUGCACUCGAUCAUUCCACUCCCUCUGGGAAGCUCAUAUCAUAUUUGACCUUCAUAUUAAUGACCAUCAUCAUUCCCAUCGCUAGCUCCUUCUUGAUUCAAGUCCCAGCCUCUGCUCCCAUUUCCUUCAAUAUGCUGGCGCAGUUCCCCGAGUCAGGCUUAGCCACAAUUGCUUUCUUCACCCUUUGCAGAUUUUUCAGAAGAUAUGGUCUGCGACAGCUCUUGUUCUUGGAUGAACUUCUACAAGACUCACUCUUUGUUAAAUGUGGAUACACUCAGGAGCUUGACAAGGCAUUUAGAUUCCUCGCAUGCAUUCUGCUACCUUCCUUCUUCGUCCAACUUGCUCAUAAAAUCAUAUUUUUCUCCACUGUCAAAAUAUCCUUACCUUGGGUUACUACUGGUGUGGCAUUGAAAUCGAUCAUGCUUGUGCUGGUCUUGGCUUCAUGGGUUUAUCGAACAGGUGUGCUUCUGUUUGUCUGUGUUCUCUUUCGCCUUACUUGUGAGCUUCAGAUACUGAGAUUUGAGGGUCUACAUAAACUAUUUGAGGGAUGUGAGUCCCAUGCCAGUGUCAUUUUCCAGGAGCACAUCAGGAUCAAGAAACAAUUAUCACUUACAAGUCAUCGAUAUAGAUUCUUCAUCAUUUCAUGUCUCGUUGCAAUCACAGUGUGUCAAUCAGGAGCCUUGCUGCUGGUUCUGGCAUCAAAGUCUGAGAAAAGUUUCUUCAACUCCGGAGACCUUGUGGUUUGUUCAGCAGUUCAACUAAUUGGGUUCUUCUUGUGCCUACUGGGAGCUGCACGAAUCACUCACCGAGCUCAAGGGAUUGUCUCCAUUGCAACCAGAUGGCAUGUGAUUGUGACAUGUCCAUCGGCAGCAUCAGAUCCAGGGAACGGCAUUGCACCAGAGGUUCAGAGGACUGUGGUGUCAAAAUGUGAUGGCAGUGAUUCCGAUUCUUCAGAAAUUUAUAUCUCAAUCUCCUCACAGGACUACUCUUCCUCCUUCCAGACCAGGCAAGCUUUAGUGGCAUAUCUGCAACACAACAAUGGGGGAAUCACAUUGUUUGGCUUUGCCCUUGAUCGCGGAUUGCUCCAUACACUUUUUGCAUUUGAGUUCUCUCUGGUGCUCUGGAUACUAAGCAAGGUUGUUGUAUUGUCUUGAGUUUUGUCCCUUGGUAGGCUUUGUCCUACCAAAAUCACAGGGAAGAGAAGGCAUUAUUAUGUACGCAAGGGAUAUUUCCAAGAAUUAAAUUUGUAACUUCUCUAGGUUGCACCCCUGCAACUCUACCACUGGGCCAUAUGUUUAUAAAACAAUAACAACUUAAAUUUAACACAAGAUUAACAACAAUUUGUGCUUUUAAAAUUUUCUAUUUCGACUGCAAUUAUCAUAUCAUGAAAAAACAUGGCAAUGUAUGGCAUCUUUUGUUUAAGACCUGCAAUCACAGCACUUACACCACGAGUCCUCGACCAGAGCAUACAGCGCUACAAAAUAGUCACAGAAAACAUCUACGAGAUGGGGGAAUCAUGGCGACAAUCUUCCCAAUACAAGGAUUUGCACACAGCCACUCUUGGCUAUGAAUCAGGCAGCUCCAGCUCUUCCACAAAACAUUGGUCAUCUUGAUAAAAUCGUCCAUGUGCACUGAUUUCCAUUCCU